AUGUCUGGAAAAAAAGAUCUUCAAUCGGAAUUGUCUCCCAAUGAUUAUAAAGUAUUUCAGGGACUUCAAAAGAAGUGGCGAUGUAAAUUAUGUGAGCAAGAAUUUUAUGUGGAGUCAUUGCCUGGAGCAAUCUCAUAUAAUUCCGUUUUAAAAUUACGACAAAGUUGGGGAAUGAAAAGUAAACCAGUUUCUCCAGCAUUGCUGUAUCAAAAAGUUCAUGUUUGUGUAUUUUGUUUACAAUUCUUUGAAUAUCAGUUAGAGAAGGAAGAGAAAACAUUAAAGAAGUCUCCUAAACCAGCAAGCAAUGCAACGAAAAAGUAA